UCCUGCCCUCCUCCGACCCCGCGACAAUGGCCGAUGCGUACUGGAGGUACGGCGAUGCGCGCCACCAGGCGGCUGCGGCGGCGAUGGCCCCUCCCCCCGCCACUCUCAAGCGACCUCGUGCGGAGUACCAGUAUGUGCCUAGUGGUUCCGACGUGUUUGCCUAUUACCCUCGUGAGGAUGAAGGGACUGCGCAUCCUACUGUCAGGGAUACUGAGUCCCUUGGGGCUUCAUAUGAUCGUUACUUACGCAAUGGGAUUUCUUCUUAUGGUGCUGGUGAGUCUGUUAGGCCUGUGGGUGGAGGAAUUAAUAACCAACCUAUUGAUGAUCGACGAAUCAUCAGUAUCGAAAGCUUGGAUGGUCGGAGUGCUGGAUAUGGUGGCAGAAGGCCUGAACCUCCGCUUCCUCCAGAUGCUUCAAAUACUUUAUUUGUGGAGGGCCUCCCUGCUGACUGUACACGCAGGGAAGUCUCUCACAUUUUCCGCCCUUUUGUAGGGUUCCAAGAGGUGAGACUUGUGAACAAGGAAUCCAGACAUCCUGGGGCUGAUCCACUUGUCCUAUGCUUUGUUGAUUUCGUCACUACAGCCCAAGCUGCAAUUGCAUUGGAAGCUUUGCAAGGUUAUAAAUUUGACGAAAGCGAUCGAGAAUCAGCCAACUUGAGGCUGCAGUUUGCUCGCUUUCCUGGUCCGAGGUCAUUCAGUGGACCUCGUGGCAGGCGUUGAUCGUGGGAUUUCCUAAUCCAGGUCCAGUCAAUUCGGGAGACUUCCGUGACGAGACACUUAUUAGAUAAUCCAUUCACGGUUUCCUAUCCCUUAUAAUUAUUAUAAUAGUUGUAACUGGCAUAGUUAUAUAGCCAUGCUGUGGCUUAUGCCAUCUGCCUAAAUUUGGUUGGUGUAUUCUCUCUAAAGUGGUUACUAAGCAUGGACCAUAUGUGAGCAUGCUUUAAACCUUGACCUUCUGUUUGACCCUUAUCUUAGUAUUGGCAACUUGACAGUUAUGAUAUGAUCAAGCAAACUCUUUUAUCUGAUACAUGUUUUUAGUUUGACUUUAAUUUUAUCAUUUAA